AUGGCCACAGCAGGCCGUCUGCGGAGUGUCGUCGUCCUCUCUACACGGUCACCAGCUACAGCAACUGCCAGCCGCCUUCAUUCUACUAUUCCUCUCGGUCUCGGUACUAGGAACACCAUAAUCUCAUCGUCGUUGUCUAAGAGGAUACCGCAGCCAAGGGCAACAUUCACAACACUCUCGAACCACUCGGCACUCACUCAGGACCAACCUCAUGCCCUAUCCUCGUCGGCUGUCGAUGUCAAUAAUAGCCAGGAGCAGGACUGGAGGUCCAAAGUCAUUGUCACCUCUUCACCCACACCAUACACAGUGCCAUCCACAAAGCCCUCAACAACAACAUCAUCAUCCUCAUCUUCUUCAGCAGUCUUUGCAACAGUCAACCAAUCCGACAACGACAGCGACAACGACGGUGACAACCAAGUCUACAUCAAGCGGAAAAUGAAGUUCACGCCCGAGAUGGACAAGGAGAUCCUUCGACUUCGGGACGAGGUCGGUUUCUCCUGGUCAGUGAUCGCAUCCAAGCUUGGAGUGCCCCACCGCGCCUGUCACCGUCGGUACAUUUCCUUACUCGAUCCGAAACUCAAAGACGACUGGCCCGAGGAAAAAGUCCAGCGGCUGGAUGCGCUAGUGGCGGAGGGGAAGACAUGGAGCGAGAUUGCAAAGGAGUUGGAUGAUUCGUCGAUGAGCUGUCAGGCAAAAUGGAAGGCGCUCGUCAAACCCACGGAGGCGGAACGGAACAGGGUCUUUGAUACGUUGCAGUCGAGGGUGCUUUUGGAGUUGGUCAAGGAGCAUGGGUCGGAUGAUUGGAAGGCGGUUUUUAAGGGGUUCAUGUUGGAGCUGGGAGGGAGGGAUAUGGCCAAGGUGACGCCGGAGCAGUUAAGGCAUCAGUAUUAUCGGCUGAAGCGGAAGCCGACUCGGUUUUGGUCCUUGAAUGAGGAGACAGCGUUGAUUCAGCAUGUCUUGAAGCAUGGGACGGGACAGUGGGGUAUGAUCUCCGAGGCGCUCAAGUAUCAUUCUCCGGAUCAGUGCAAGGAGAAAUGGACGACUAUGGAUAUGACCAACAAGACGCCCAAGGUCAAGGCCUGGUACAAGACUGAGCAGGCCAACUUUUGGAGGCUCUGGCAGAGGUUCGACCAGGAGUGGGAGAAAAUUGCACGGUCUUUGCCGGCGCGGACGCCGCAACAGUGUCAGGAUUUCUUUAACCGGGCGACGGAGAAGCUUGAUAGGACGGAUGAGGGACAGUUCAAGAAGAAGGUUGAGAGUCUUGCCGCCGAGAUGAGUCAGUACCGGACGAUUACCUGGACAAAGGAGGAUUCGGACCGGUUGUGGGAGGUCGCAGAGGUGUGCAAGUCGGGAUUGCAGAGCCGUCGAGUCAACUGGAAUGCUGUCGCUGAGCGGAUGAACCUCGACUUGACGCCCGCCCAGUACAAGCAUCACCACUACUAUCUCCGCACGGUUCGCAAUGGGGGACUGUCGGGUCUGUGGACGGACGCGGAGAUCAAAAGGCUGGAGAUGGCUGUUCAGGAGGUAGGACGGAAUUGGACCCUGAUCACCAGGGAUUACUUCCCCCAUCGCAACGCCAAGAGUCUUUGUCACAAGUUCCACUCUAUCGUUAACAAGGGCCAGUAUAUCACCGACGAGGAGUACGACACUUUGUUGGCCAAGGUCGACCUCCAGGAGAAAGAGUUCAACUCUUCUCCGGCGAAAGCAACAGGAGCAACAUUCACACCAAACUGGCAGGCGAUCGCAAAGGGGAUGCCCGGCAUCACAUGGACAGCAGAGCAAUGUCGAAAGGCCUACGACGGAUCGUUCAGGAACCAUCUCAAGAACUCCAAAUGGACCGCCGAGGAAGACAAUCGGUUGUUGAAGGCGACAAAGAUGUUGGGGAGGAAAAAUUGGGUCGGUGUUGCGGCGGCGGUGUCGGGGAAGGACUCUUGGGAGUGUCGGAUGCGGCUUGCAGAGCUCCAUGAGCCCCUUGUUGAGGGUGCCGAGGCUCUUCCGGGGUUGGUGUCUAAAUCUAAGGAAGUGUCUUUCAUGUCAAUGUAG